AUGCCCCUACACCACUAGACUAAAUGGAAAAACUGCCAGGUGGGGCGGAGUAUGCUGCCAAGGUGGUUCACGUGUAGCAGCCAACAUAGGUGAGAUCUUACCCUGAGGGCUCCAAAGCGAGCUGAACCCCCUUUCAAGGCGGCUUCACAAGACGCAACUAUCAAUGAGACAUGAGAUCCUCAUGAUGCAUAAUAAAAUACCAUCGCCCAGCCCAGGUGGAGAUACCGAUGGAUUGGUUGAAGCUUUGCAAAGUACAUUCUUUAUAGGUUAGCGUGUAUGCAAUCACUUGGAACUCUUAUUUGUUUACCACGCUGAGAGUGUAUCAAUAUUCGGCAAAGCAGAACACCCACCACUCACACACCCGCCUCACAGCUUCAUACUCUCAGCCAUGUCUCCAAAGAAGGCUACCAAUCCGAAGCAUCAGUGCAAGGCGCCUGGUUGCGUUUACAAUCGAUGCUUCGCCAUAACAGAUGAGCCAAAGCCGAGGAAGGAGCAUUCGAAAUACUGCAAAUUCCACAACUGCAAGGCGGCGAAACCGUUUGUAAAAGGUGCUCUCUGCCACCAUCGCAUCGAGAAUGGCAAUUUCUUUUGCGCAAAGCAUCAGAAAUGCAUUGCUGGCAACUGCUCCAGACAUGGCGAGUACGUGGACAGAAGUCUGCCUUAUAUUUGUGCAGAUCACCAAUGCGCAGAGGAGAAUUGUCGAGAGCAGAGAUCCAUUGACUCAACUUUCUGCAGUAGCCAUUGCUAUCUGGAGUCACCUCCUGCUUGUAGGGCUGACUUCUGUAGAGCAUUCGCUCAACUGAAUAGCUAUUACUGUGAAGUCCAUGGCUGUGAGAUCCCUGGGUGCGCCCAACUUGGCGAUUGUACUCGCAGGUGUGUGCGACACAUCGGUUGUCGGAAAGCAGGGUGUCAAGGCUUUGCUUCAGAACGCGACCCAUUCUGUGCGAAACAUGAAGAUUGUUCACAUUCUGGGUGCAGGAAAAUCGCAGAGGAAGGCACGCAUUACUGCUUGGAUCAUUUGUGUGAAUCGAGGACGUGUGCUGAAGCCCGACAGAGCGGUUCGCCCUGGUGCACGCACCACAUUUGUAAGGUUACAAGCUGCCGACAGCCUAGAUUUCCUCCUGGAAACCCAGAAGCAAAGUACUGCGAAAGUCACCAGUGUCAGGAAGGUGGCUGUUCGCGUCGCGCUGAAGUCAUCUAUGGCUUUUGCCAGUUGCACAAAUGCAACAAGGGCGGUUGCUCUAAGAAACGUACAAGCGAACUAUCUGCCUUUUGCAAAGAUCACCAAUGUAAGGUUCCACAUUGCAUUGCUGCUGCUACUGCCGCAGGUGGCUACUGCGAUCACUUUGGUCACGCAUGCAGCAAGCCGGGCUGCUUGAGACGUUCGGCAACCGGUCAGAAACGGAGUCCAUUGUGCUUACAGCAUCGGAUUGAGGAUGAAAGGCGAGCAGCUGCUGAAGAAGCACUCUACGAGCUCUCUACCGCGAGAUUUCGAUAUAAGAGCAAAACCGAACAGUUACAGCAGGCCCUUGAUCAUUGGGAGAUGGAAGCUACGAAGUUGCGUGAAGAGAAAGCCGAGUCUGAGCGCAGAGAGCAGGAGACUUUUCAAUCACAUCAACGCAGAGAUCGUGAGAAGUCUGAAGUGCACCAUUUCCAUGAAGGGCAGGAACAAAGAGCUCGUGUGCAAGCCGAAAGACGGCGGCGAAGGCAGCAACCUCAGCCACAGUAUAGACGAGCAGAGCAACACCAGCCACCGAGAAUUUUUCAAAGAGAUACACCGAUUCCGUAUCCGGAUUCAGAUGCUUUCGAAUCACUCUCGACUGAUGAGGAACAUAAUGGCUAUGCGGUAUACCCAGAGCCUUACGCUGGCCAACGGCACUACACAUAUGCAGACGAGAACGCCAAAGACCAAAGGAGAAUGACGCGUCGCAGGUUAUGAUUUUACUUGAAGUACGGGUCUUUUAUGGGCAGCAUUGCAUUUGGUCAAAUUUUUGAUACCCCCCAGCGUUGGCGUUUAGGGAUUUUCGGAAAGGAUGAAACUUCCGGAAAUAAGGUAAACUUGUGUCGCGCAAUCUAUGUUCAAACACCUAAUGUCACCCCCGCAAAUGGGCCAUAUGAGGGCUCGGGAUUUAUGAAUUAAAAAAUCGCUGAUAUUAGCAUCAGAAUUAUCUUCUAUUAGUCAUUAGGACUAUCUGGUAGCGAUGCUUCAAGGAUUCUUGUAAACUAUUUCAUAUUUAUAUCAAAACAUUAAUUGAGGGAGAAUAUGAUCCAGGA